AUGGACGACUUCUAUGACCGACUCCUGAGCUUGUCCUUCGAGCAAUCCAGUGAUGCUAUCACAAAGUGUCGCGACUUGGCUCGAGAGCAUGGUUUUACAGUCAAGCAGGAGACUAGCUCCAACAAGAAUGUCUACCUGUACUGUUCGCGCGAGGGCGUCCCUGAUUCUGUCAAAAACAACAAGGAAAUUAAACGGAAGCGAUUGUCGAUGAGGUGCGACUGCAAGUGGCGUAUUACCCUGUUCCAGCAAGAAUCCAAACUCUGGGUCUUUCGAAAAGCCAUGAACCCAGCCUCAAUGGUCCAUAACCACCCGUUAAUCUCGCCAGAUGACAUUCGACAGCCCUGGCCACCGGCUGUCUUUGAUCGGAUUGCCUACUACGCCAACCAACGCAUCCUCUCGACAGCAGAGACCCGCGAGCGCAUCAAGGAGGAUUUUCCAGAACUAGUCUGGGAUGAACGACGGUUCUACAAUCGACUGACGGAGGAGCGGAAGCAGAUCCGCCUUCGCGACUCUGAGACCCGUGUUUUUUCCACGAUGGAGCUGGCAGCCAAGGUCGCCAGUCUAGCAAGUGGCGACCCAAAUCUGUCGUAUAAGGUGCAUUCUAGUCUGGAGAACGUCCUUGCCGAACUUUGCGAACAGCUUCACAUCGACCCAGCAGGCGCCAACUCACGUGUCAUGACGUCUCCACCCCCCUCCGCUGGCGGAGGAGGGCUUGGGGGUGCCAGCUCCAUAAACAUGACCUCGCCUACUAACACAAGUCCUAACUUCGGCCCCUCAUCCUCCUCCUCGAACUCCCCUCCAAGCACAUCCGAUUAUGUUGUCACUUAUCCAGGAUGCAUCAUCUCUGUGAAAAGCACCCCGAACCAGAAAGGACGGCCGUCCUCCAUACCCUCUCCUCUAGUGGACUCCAGCUACGGGCUCGGCCUGGGGAUGUCGCCAGUGAAUGACCGCAAACGCUCCCUCAGUGAAGAGUGCUUUUCUCGGCAUGGAAUCUGCGGGGGCUCUUCCGCGGCUGCUCCUUCGUUUGGUGCAGCAAUGAGCGCUACACAGAUGAUGAACCAUCUGGACAUGUCUACGGCAGCAGCAGCUGCUGCAGGGGCUGUCGGACCUCUGCAGAACACGCUUCCUGGCUUGGAUCCGUCCGUGAUGCCUGGUAGCUCGACCAUGCUAAUGAUGCAAAGCGGAGGAUACCCUCCUCAUUCAGGAACAAACCACGCUCAUCAACAACAUCAUCAACAACAGCAGCAACAGCAGCAACAUCAUCAUCAACAACAACAACAACAACAACAGCAGCAGCAGCAACACCAACAACUGCAGUAUCAUCCGCAGGAGCAGCAAUCGCAUCAUGUCAACCACCACAUGCCUUCUGGAAUGGCCUCAGCAUUCCGCCAUAACUCAUUUUCGCAACCAUCCUCGCAGUCCCACCACCACCCACAUCCGUCCAACCAUCAGCACCAUCACCAUCAGCAGCAGCACCACCCGGGUACUCUGAGUCAGGAAGAUUUAUCGUCUUCUGAACUAUCAUUCGAUCUAGAUCCCUCCGAGUCUUCGCGACAAGAGCCAGCGCCUACGAUCAAACGAACCCACUCGGUCGACAUAAAGCAAGAGAUCCAGUCAUUCUACCAGCCCAUGCUCUCUGCUCAACAGCUCGCUUCGACAACGCAGCCUCCAAGGCGAACCGGAGGCUCUCCUGGUCCAGGCGGAUCGGCCAGACUAUAUUCUCAUUUAUACCCAACAGGAUCGGUGCCGCAUUCUGCGCCGACUUCUCAACCGAUGACGGGUCUGUCUUCCCAUCCAGGCUUCCAUUCGAAUCAGCUCCUCGGAGGUGAGUCUGAGGACGUCUUCUCCAAUUCGGUGGCGUUCUCUAAUACGGCGAAUCACUAUCAUUACAGCACCGCGUCUGCCAACAGUGGUGGCAACAGCUACUUGCAUGCGGGGUAUGCAAGCACGAAUCAGCCACCCGGUGGAAGUCCUACAAUCAGCACACAGUCUUCGGCUCUGGGCCCGCAUGACAGAGUAAGGGCAACCCCUCAAGGAGGAUGA